AUGGCCAAAGCUUCCUCAACAGGGCCCGACACCUCUGCGGGCGUGGCCGCUUACUCUUCCAUCUUCCUGAGAUAUCUUUACGAUUACCUCGUCCUCGGCCUGUACUGCUCCUUCGCCUGGCGCUGUCCAGCCCGCCCAACCCUCACCAGCUUCUUCAACUCCCACGUGCGCCCUUCCCCCUCCUCCCCAGCAUCCGCCGAUCCGGGACGCGCGACCACCACUCGCCGCCGCAUCCUCGACAUCGGCGUCGGCACCGGCUACUUCCUCGAGCAAGCCCCGCUUUCCGGCAUCGCGGACGUCUUCCUCGUCGACCUGAACAAGAACUGCCUCGACCGCACCGCGCCGCGCGUGCGCGCCGCCCACCCGCACGUCAACUGCGUGCCCGUGCAAGCCGACUUCCUGCAGCCGGGAGACCGGCUGUCGCCCGAGACGCUGGGCGGGACGUUCGACGCCGUGUCGGCCAUGCUGCUGCUGCACUGCCUGCCCGGCCCGCCGGCGCGCAAGGCUGCGGCGCUGGUAGCGCUGCGGGAUCUAGUGGAGCCCGAGGCUGGCGUGCUGUUCGGCGCGACGAUAUUGGGGGAUAGCGUGGGGCAUGGUGUGAUGGGGAGGUUCUUGAUGAACUGGCACAACUCGGCGGGCAUUUUUGACAAUCGGGCGGAUGAUGCGGAGAGCUUUGUGGGGCCGCUGAAGGAGGCGUUCCGGGACGUGAAGUGGAGGGUUGAGGGGGCUAUGUUGUUGUUUGAGGCGAAGAGUCCUAUUUUCUGA